UGCACGUAAGUAUGUUCAUAUAAACUAAGGUCAGGUCUAAAUAUUUUACUUCACUUUGGUAUACAGCUCCAGCAUGUACCGGACAGUUCGCAGUGUAUUACUGAGCUUUUCAUUUGCAAUUAUAUUGAAUUUUCAUCAGGGCAACUGUGCUGUAAGUUAAUGAUAAAGUGAUAAGAAAAAUUGAAACUAUUUCACAUUCAUUCUAAAAUUUCAGCGUAUGAAAGAGUUUGUUGGUGAAAAAGUGGCGACUUGCAGUUCCCCCAAUGCAGAUCAAUUCAUUAUUAAAUUUCCAGGACCGUUGAAUUACACUAUGGGCAGCAACAUAGUAAGAUUUCACGGAAACUUCACCGUAACGGAGACUAUUCAGGACCCACUGGAGAUGAUAGUUAUACCGAACCGGUGCACCAUGGACAUGAAAUCCUGCGAAUUGUUCAACAAACUUACUCUCUCGAACAUCUGCCGGUACAUCAACGACGACGCUGGACUCUUGGCACCAUUUUUCAAAAGCAUGGAACCAAAGUUUCAAUGUCCCAUCAAACCCGGAACAUACCAGUUUAAGAAUUCGGUUGUUGAUCUUACCUUUUUCACGAACUUUCCUCUUGAGGGUUAUCGCUGGCAGGCAAGCUUGAAGCUGUAUUCUACGAAGAGUAAACCGAAGAAGGAAUUGUACUGUCUCUCGGCGCAAAACUCAAUGCGGUGGGUGAAAAAAUCGUGAAUCGUUUUGUGUUGAGAAUGGAUAAUCCAUUCAGAAAUGAGGAUUGUGACCUAGAAACACAUUUUCUACAUAGAAGAUGUUUCAAUUAAACAAUAAAUAGUCAACUUAACAAAGUUGAACAACUAGAUCACAGUAGAUAGAUUCAUAAAAAAAAGUUGAAGACCCAAUGCUA